AUGCCCCUCCCAGAUCUUUCCCGGCUUCUUCACCAUCCUAUACCUUCUGAUGGCGCUGCAGAUUUCCAUGCGCUCCCAGAUCUUUCCCUGCUUCUUCGUCAUCCUAUACCUCCUGAUGGCGCUGCAGAUUUCUCUGCGCUCGUUCGUCCACGCGUGGGGGCUGGUCCCUCUAUGAAUCUACCUGGUCCUCAGCUCCCUCUCCAAAACCAUCAGCCGCUUCCCUCAGACCCUCAGCUCCCUCUCUGGAGCCCACCUGACACUAGCGCUCAGCGCGCUCCUCCAAGCAUUCGGCCUGCACCCCCUCAUCAUUUUUCCGGCGCUGGGGGCAGUCCAAUCGACGAUCCAGACAGUGACCUCGAUGACGACCUCCACGCUGACGAAAACGAUCUUUUUUCUGCCCCCCUUGGCAACGCGCUGGGGAUGUUGGGCGGGGGGGACGCUGACAUGGAUGAUGACGAAGGGAUGGAGCUUGACCCCUCCCGUCGUCGUGUCAUUAGCCUUGACAGUCCCCCAAGCGGCAGUACGCGGCUUCCUGCUCUCCCCCUCCGGUGGACAAACCCAUGUUCCUUCUCCCGCGGAAGCUCCAGACGCCAACACACCACAGUCGCGAGGUGUUUGGCUCAGCUCCCUUCCCCUCUCCUCGUGACACUUGUUCACUCGCGCAAUUGUGGGAUGGGUCCCUGUGAUCAUUCGUUGUUUGGAGGCUGA